CAUUUUGCCCUUUUCUUUGUUCAACGCAACGCAACGCAACGCAACAAACCCUGUCGUUUCGUAUUCUCACACAUCAAAGGGCAAACAAAGAGAAAAAGGUUCCAAUAACCAUUAAUCAAUUUUCCCAUUCUCUUAACAAUUUCAAUUUACUAGAAGGUUCAAUUCAAUGGGUAACGCGCAAGUGCAAAACGGUGUCACUGCUCCUUCUUCCUCUGCUUCGAACCAACCAACAGCACCAGCAGCAUCAGCAACACCGGCAGCGCCAGCUACGGCAGCAACAGCUGCAACAUCAGCAACAGCAUGUGAAGUGUCGAAUGCACCGAAGAAGAAGAAAAUCUGUUGCGCUUGUCCUGACACGAAGAGGCUGCGAGAUGAGUGCAUAGUUGAACACGGGGAGGAUGCUUGUGCCAAGUGGAUUGAAGCUCAUCGAAUUUGUCUUCGUGCUGAAGGAUUCAAUGUUUGAGAUUAAUCGGUAAUUCUUUGAAAUAAUAAUAAGAAUUGUUAUAGGAUCAUGAUAAUGAUGAUUUUUUUUGUUUUUGUUGGAAUUAUAGAAUGCUUAUUUAGUUCAAAUUAUAAAAAUUUCAGCGGAUUUAUGGUUUUAUAUUUUGGUUUAAAUUCUUCUUAUGAUAGUAGUAUAGUAUACUACUGAUUGUAUUCAGCUACUUAUUUAACAUUUGAAUAACACUUAUGGAAGGCGUGUCUACAUGCCAUAGCAUAGCAACACAUGUGAUUUAAUGGAUUUAUGACAUUUUCUCAAA